UACUAGUUAUUAAACAGAGCAAGAGAAUUCCCUCAAAAAAUAAACAGAGGAAGAGAAGAAUCUACAGCUAAUAUAUAUUGCUUCCUUGGUACAGUUCCUAGUUCCCACAAAUGAGGAAAUUAAUUAAUCAAUCGAUGCGAACUUUUGCAUCUACAAGCUACGUUAAUUUUAAGUAGAGAUAGAUCAAAGCGGUGAGUUGCAUGACUCAUGUUCGACACAGAUCAAAUCGCCACGAACAACAUGAACAAGCCUAUGGCUGCCACUCACUCAGGCAGCAGCCUCCUCAAAGCAGUGCCAAUGCUGCUCCUCUUCUCUUCAGGAUUUAUCCUGGGCAUGAUCUCCAUCGCCAACUUCCCUAAAUUCUACGAAUCGCCUUUGCUAUCGCCGAUGUUACACUCCCUUGUACCAUCAUCAUCACGGCCAAUAAUGCAGCCAUCGCCAUCGCCGGAGACACCGUGCGUGUGGCCACCACCAUUGCCGUCGUCUACUCCAACUCCGGCGCCGUCACCGCCAUCGACACCGACAGGGUUGAUGGGGUUCCUUGCGCCGAGCGGCGUGACGCACAACAUGACCGACGAGGAGCUCCUGUGGAGGGCGUCCAUGGCGCCGAGGGUGUCUCGCGCGCCGUACAGCCGCGUGCCCAAGGUGGCGUUCCUGUUCCUGGUGAGAGCGAAGCUGCCGUUGCGGCUACUGUGGGAGAAGUUCUUCGCGGGGCACGGGAAGGAGCUCUACUCCAUCUACGUCCACUCCGAUCCUCAUUUUGCUGCCUCGCUGCCGACCGACUCUGUCUUCUAUGGCCGCAUGAUUCCAAGCCAGAGGACGACCUGGGGCGACGCGAACCUGGUGGAAGCGGAGCGUCGGCUGCUAGCGAACGCGCUGCUGGACCUAUCAAACGAGCGCUUCGCGCUGCUGUCCGAGUCGUGCAUCCCCAUCUUCGACUUCCCCACCUUGUACGCUCACCUCACCGGAUCCAACGACAGCUUCGUCGACUGCUUCGACAACGCCGGCGCCCGCGCGCGCUACAGGCCGGCGCUGUUCGCGCCGCACAACAUCACGGCGGCGCAGUGGCGCAAGGGGUCCCAGUUCUUCGAGAUGGACCGCGCCCUCGCCGUCGAGGUCGUCUCCGACGAGCGCUACUUCCCGGCGUUCCGCGACUCCUGCGCCGGGCGCAGGGGCUGCCUCAUCGACGAGCACUACAUCCCGACGCUGGUCAGCCUGCUCCGGUGGCGCCGCAACGCCAACCGGACGCUCACGUACACGGAGUGGCGGCCGAGGAGGCCUCACCCGAGGAGCCACGGCGCACGGGACGUCACCGAGGAGCUCUUCGGGAAGAUGAGGGGCGGCGCCGGCAACUGCACGUACAACGGCAAGGCUAGCGACGUUUGCUUCGUGUUCGCGCGCAAGUUCUCGCCCGACGCGCUGGCGCCGCUGCUCGAGCUGGCUCCCAAGGUUAUUGGCUUCGGCUGAGAUGCAGAGAUCGAUCGGUUUUUUUCGUUCGUUUCUAGUACGUAUUUUGUGGUGGAUGCGUGCAUAUGUCUGCAUGCUUCAUCAGGCAUCCGGUACAUAUACUUGUCAAUUUCUACUGUCUUUCCAAUUUUCAAUUGUAUCAUUCUAUUACCAAAAAAAUAAAUAAAUAAAAACUUUGCGACCGAUACUGGCGAUUCUGACCAUCUCGGCAAUA